UGCUGAUCUCGGGUGGCGCUACAAACCUAACAUGCAGCUUUUCCGACUCUUGGCUGGCAGAACCAAAAGUUGAUCCAGCAGCAACGACAUCUGACUUGGAGCUGUCCCGAUACCGCACGGUCGGUUAGAAGCUGAUUACUACGCUUUUGGCUUCCGGAGGAGGUACGCUGUCCUCCUAAGGUUAACUUGGGUAGUGUGACCUACCCAACGCCCCCGACUCGAAUACGCGUCGCCGACAAAUUAUCUGCUUGGUAUAAUCUCACCUCACCAUGGAGUCGUCUCGCGGCCCUCCCAGGGUCAAGAACAAGGCCGCUGCGCCGAUUCAGAUCUCAGCGGAGCAAUUGCUCCGAGAGGCUGUCGACCGGCAGGAGCCCGCGUUGCAGGCCCCGACGCAGCGAUUUGCCGAUUUGGAGGAAUUGCACGAGUAUCAAGGUCGCAAGAGAAAGGAGUUCGAGGACUAUGUUCGCCGAAACAGGAUUAACAUGAACAAUUGGAUGCGCUAUGCAGCAUGGGAACUUGAACAAAAGGAAUUCCGCCGGGCGCGUUCUAUCUUCGAGCGAGCGUUGGACGUCCUCCCAACCUCAGUACCGCUGUGGAUCCGAUACAUCGAGGCGGAGAUGCGAAAUAGGAACAUCAACCAUGCGAGGAACUUGCUUGACCGUGCAGUAACGAUCUUGCCCCGUGUCGAUAAGCUCUGGUAUAAAUAUGUUUAUAUGGAAGAGACUUUGGGGAACAUCCCUGGUACCCGGCAGGUCUUCGAGCGGUGGAUGUCAUGGGAGCCGGAUGAGGGAGCCUGGAGUGCGUAUAUUAAGCUCGAGAAGCGGUACAAUGAAUUCGAGAGGGCGCGCAAUAUCUUCCAACGAUUCACGAUUGUUCAUCCUGAACCGAGGAACUGGAUCAAGUGGGCUCGAUUCGAGGAGGAGUACGGGACUAGUGAUUUAGUGAGAGAAGUCUACGGUGCAGGGAUUGAGGCGCUGGGUGAAGACUUCAUGGAUGAAAAGCUUUUUAUGGCCUAUGCCAAGUUCGAGGCGAAGAUGAAGGAGUAUGAGCGUGCACGUGCUAUCUACAAAUAUGCUCUAGACCGACUUCCUCGCUCUAAAUCUGUUACAUUGCACAAAGCUUACACUACAUUCGAGAAACAGUUUGGUGAUAGGGAGGGUGUUGAGGACGUCAUUCUUUCCAAACGCCGAGUCCAAUACGAGGAGCAGCUCAAGGAGAACCCUCGGAACUACGACAUUUGGUUUGACUUUACUCGCCUCGAAGAGACCUCCGGUGACCCUGAGCGGGUACGUGACACAUACGAACGAGCCAUUGCACAGAUUCCUCCGUCACAGGAGAAGCGGCACUGGAGACGUUAUAUCUAUCUCUGGAUAUUCUAUGCCAUCUGGGAAGAAAUGGAAGCCAAAGACGUGGAACGUGCUCGCCAGAUCUAUAAUGAAUGUCUGAAACUCAUUCCACACAAGAAGUUCACAUUUGCCAAGAUAUGGCUUAUGAAAGCCCAGUUUGAAAUCCGCCAGAUGGAGCUCCAAACCGCCCGCAAGACAUUAGGUCAGGCGAUUGGCAUUUGCCCCAAGGAUAAGCUCUUCAGAGGCUACAUCGAUCUCGAGCGCCAGCUUUUCGAGUUUGUACGGUGCCGGACACUGUUCGAGAAGCAAAUCGAGUGGAACCCCUCCAACAGCCAGUCCUGGAUCCAGUUUGCUGAGCUGGAGCGGGGUCUAGAUGAUAGCGAUCGUGCGCGGGCCAUCUUUGAGCUAGGAAUUGAACAACCGACUCUGGAUAUGCCAGAGCUGGUGUGGAAGUCAUACAUCGAUUUCGAGGAAUACGAAGGCGAGUAUGACAGAGUCCGGCAGCUCUACGAGCGUCUUCUGGAGAAGACCGACCACGUCAAGGUGUGGAUCAACUAUGCCCGGUUCGAGAUCAACAUUCCGGAAGAUGAGGAAGAGGAGGAGGAGGAGGAACGGCCAGUCAGCGACGAGGCCAAACGGCGCGCUCGGGCGGUCUUCAACCGUGCACACAAGGUGUUCAAAGAAAAGGAGCUCAAGGAAGAGCGUGUGGAACUCCUCAAUGCCUGGCGGUCAUUCGAACAUACACAUGGGUCCCCCGAGGACAUCGACAAGAUCGAGAAACAGAUGCCGCGUCGCGUCAAGAAGCGCCGCAAGUUGGACGACGACCGGUACGAGGAAUACAUGGACUACGUGUUCCCGGCCGACGAUCAAUCAGCGGCAAACUUGUCCAAGCUGCUGCAGAGAGCACAUGCCUGGAAGUCUGGUCAGGCUCCAUAGGCUGGAUAUUCACCAGAAAGGUAAAGAGUUGUGUGUUUUAUAUGUGGGCUAUGGGCACAUACCAUGGGAUAAGUUGUCGAUGCAGUUUAUAUCAAAAUCAAGUAGAAUUAAUCCCAAGAUAAUGAUCAUGAAUCAUAUUCCAUCUAUAAGUCAAAACCGUACUACCGAGGGGAUCAGUGUGAUUUAGUAUAAAAACUAUUCGGAUGACCAUGGCGGGGGCAACGAUUUAUAAUUAAUAUGUACUAUCAUUCUUUAGGUCAUUU